AUGCCUCCCCGCCGUGCUCACCACCUACUUCAGCUUCCAUGCCCGGCUCCAGGCUGCGCACGCUGGUUUCGAAACCAAUCAGGUCUCACUCAACACAGGCGUUCACUCCACCCAAAUAUACCUGCUCCAGGACCUCCUCAACCAUCCCGGUCACCAUCCCACCCUCGAGAUUUCUCACCACCACCUCCGGAUUUCUCACCGCCUCCUCGGGAUUUCUCACAACCUCCCCAGCCAUCACCUCCUAUGCCCUCUGAACCAACUCAUGAGGAUUCGGACAACGCUGACGCAGAAUUUACCGAUUCAAGUGAGCGUUGUUAUCGUACAUACCAUUCGAUGUUAAACGGACGACCAUGCACGGCUGAUGGAGAAUUUCUGCCACAUGGCGCCCCUCCAACUCCCAUGCCACAAAAGGCUCCUGACGACUGGAGCCCAUAUCGCAAUAGAAUAGAAUUUGAGGCGGCUGAGUUCGCGUUCAAAAAAUGCCAUAUGUCUGCCAAAAACCUGGAUUUCUUAUGUGAUUUAAUGGCCGCAACUCUCGUGAAACACCGCGAUGUCCCUCCAUUCGCCGAUCAUAAAGAUCUCCACAAUGUCAUAGAUGCGACACAGCUUGGUGAUGUCCCCUGGCAAUCUUUCUCGGUUCAGUACACAGGAGAACGCCCUGAGGUUGUCCCGCCAUGGAUGGAUGAUAAAUUCGAUGUCUGGUAUAGGGACCCUCGCGCGAUGGCGCACAACAUACUAGCCAACCCCACCUUCAAAGAUGAAAUCAACUAUACGCCAUUUCGUGAAUACGAUGCAUCGGACAAGACGCGCCGUUGGAAAGACUUCAUGUCUGGAGACUGGGCAUGGAAACAAUCAGACAUCAUAUCAAAAGAUCCAGAGACGCAUGGAUCUGUGUUAGUCCCAAUCAUUCUCGGUAGUGAUAAGACUACCGUUUCUGUGGGCACUGGUAACAACGAGUACUAUCCCCUCUAUGCCUCGAUCGGCAAUGUACGCAACAGUGUACGGCGUGCUCACCGCGAUGCUCUUGUCAUAAUCGGUUUCCUCGCCAUACCCAAAACUGACAAGAAGCAUUCAAAAGAUGAUGCGUUUCGGAUAUUUCGUCGCCAGCUAUUCCACAGCUCGCUAUCUGCCAUUCUCUCUAGCUUGAAAUCCGCAAUGACCGAAUACGAAGUUGUGCGCUGUGGAGAUGGACAUUUUCGGCGCAUUAUAUACAGUCUAGGACCCUACAUCGCGGAUUACGAGGAACAACUAGUGCUAUCCUGUAUUGUUAAGCAUUGGUGCCCGAAAUGUAUUGCAGUUCGAACGAACCUCGACAAUGGUGGCAUGGAUCGCUGUCAUGAGCACACUGAGUUCCUUAUUGGUGAGCUACAUGGGGAUGUAUUAUGGGAUGAAUUCGGUAUCAUUGGUGAUCUCGUCCCCUUUACGAACGACUUCCCCCGAGCAGAUAUCCACGAGUUACUGUCAUUCGACCUCCUCCAUCAGCUCAUCAAAGGUGCUUUCAAAGACCAUCUCGUCGACUGGGUAGCAAAGUACCUCAAGGCUGUGCACGGGACCAGGCAGGCGGAGGAGAUUAUGAGCGACAUAGAUCGCAGAGUCGCUGCUGCACCAUCAUUUUCUGGUCUACGACGAUUUCCUCAAGGCCGCGACUUCAAACAGUGGACGGGUGAUGAUUCGAAAGCGCUCAUGAAGGUCUUUCUUCCAGCUAUUGAAGGCCAUGUGCCUGGAGAUAUGGUUCGCGCAUUUCGCGCAUUGUUAGAAUUUUGUUAUCUUGCGUGGCGCGAUGUUGUCACCGAAGAUACCCUGAACCAGAUGCAAGACGCACUUCACCGGUUCCAUCGCUAUCGCCAGAUAUUUGAUCUCGUUGUUCCUACCUUCUCACUCCCUCGCCAGCACUCAAUGAUUCAUUAUACGGACAUGAUUCGACUUUUCGGUGCCCCGAACGGACUAUGCUCGUCAAUCACAGAAUCAAAACAUAUCAAGGCUGUAAAGGAGCCUUGGCGUUGGUCAAGCAGGCAUAAUGCUCUUGGUCAGAUGCUUGUAACCAAUCAACGCCUUGACAAGCUUGCAGCAUCCCGCGUGGACUUUGAUGCACGAGGGAUGCUCACUGGCACUAUUUUAUCAAGUGCUUUAGCCGCUCUCACACCGGAUGAAGAUGAACAGGCUGUCCCUCCUAUUGCACCACAGCCAGAUGCCCAUGCCAUUGAACCGCAACCAGACAUCGAUAUCGAUGACGGUGAGGUAGUUGAUGGUCCAACAGUACUUGGUUAUGUAGUGCUUGCCAAAACUCCUCAACGAAAACGGGCGCGAACAGUAGCGGCGUUAGCACACGAAGUUGCUGUUCCAGAUCUGCGACGCCUCAUUCGACACUUUUUGUUCACUCAGCUCAACCAAGAUGAUCCCCGCGAUCCUGCAGAUGUCCCAACUGGUAGCUUGCCUCGGCAUGAAGGCAAGCUCCAGGUCUUCAAUUCUGCUGCCGCAACCUUCUUUGCUCCCAGCGAUCUGAGUGGUACUGGUGGCAUGCGACGGGAACAUAUCCGUGCAUGUCCACUCUGGAGAAACGAGUACCCGCGCAAUGACUGUGUGUUCAUUGACACUGAUUCGGACGCUCAAGGCAUGCGAGGACUCGAAGUUGUGAGAAUUGUAUGCUUCUUUUCUUUCAAGCACAACUGGGAAGUAUAUCCAUGCGCUCUCAUUCAUUGGUUUGAGAAGAUUGAUGAUUGUGCUGACGAAGACACUGGCAUGUGGAUGGUCCGUCCCAGUUUCCACGAGGGUGGUUCCCGGAACCUUGCUGUUAUUCAUAUCGAGACGGUGUUCCGUGCAGCACACCUGAUACCUAUGUACGGUUCGGAGUACAUCCCUCACGACCUUAAGUUCUACCAUUCCAUUGAUUGUUUCCGCUCAUUUUAUGUCAACAAGUUCGCUGAUCAUCAUGCGUUCGAGAUAGCCUCCUGA